AGGGGCCAUGCCUCAUCCAUAAUCUCGUGGGAGGAGGUGAGGAAAAUUGCCCUUAAGGAGCCACAAAACUUUAAAAAGCACUUCAAGUUUUCCAAAUAUAAACAUGCCAUGGAGGUUUAACUGAAAAUAGCACAAAGCGGAAAACGGAGACGUCUUGGAAAAACAAUGGGACAGAAACUUACAAGUCAGUCGUCCAAGACCAAAAAGAAAAAAGAUCAGACAUUUUCAGAAAACCAGAUCAUCCACAACUCUCCAGAUAAUAUCGAUGAGCCGAUGAUAAUAGAAUCUUCAUGCGUCAAUUUCAACUUUGUUUUGAAAAAUGUUGCAGAAAUCCCAAGCUUUGUAUGGCAUCUGACUGACGUCCAAAAACUCAAUCUCUCUCAUAACAGAUUGGCUAAACUUCCACCUGCUCUGGGUAAGCUUGAACAAAUAGUUGUAUUGAACUUAAAUGGGAAUAAUAUUGUUUACUUGCCCAGAGAAAUUGGACUUUUGAAGAACCUCAAAGUCUUAUUUGUUAAUAUGAAUUUCUUGUAUGACGUCCCCGAGGAGCUGAGUUUGUGCAGUAAGCUUGAAGUUCUUAGUUUAUCACACAAUUGCAUCUCUGGACUUCCUACCACCUACAGUGACUUAACUAACCUGAGAAAAUUAAAUCUUAGCAAUAACUGGAUAGUGAACAUCCCUGUGAGUGUUUUCCAGAUGAGGAAUUUGAAUUUUCUGCAUUUGGGUUCCAACAAAAUAGAGAAUAUCUCAGACAACAUUAAACAAUUAGAAUGCCUGAAGAUAUUUAUUGUUGAGAAUAAUAAAAUACGAGUUUUACCCCGCUCUAUUUGCUCACUAUCUACUCUUGAACUACUUAAUGCAGAUUUUAAUGUUUUAAAGACACUUCCAGAUGAUCUAUUUAUGUUAAAUAGAUUGUCAAGAAUCGCAUGGAAUCCAGUUGACAAAGGUCUCCAUAUAAUAAAUAAUCCCUUAGGUGAUCCUCUCGCAGAUUUGGCAAGAGGGGGGCUGAGUAUGCUAUUUGAUUACCUAAAAGACAGAAAGAAGAUUAUGUGACAACAAAUAUAUUGUCUGGGAAGGGGAAUGCCCUGGCGAUUUUAUGGGUCACAGCCUUUGUUUGGUUUAGAAGAUGUUCCUCUACCUACUGUAGAAGGUAAUACAUGUAAAAGCU